AUGAGCAGUUCGGUAUCUCGGGUCUUGGGGCUAAUAUACUUGCUACUGAUCUGCGUCGUAAAUGGUGCUGAUUAUCGGCUGGACGGUAGCGUCGUACCGUCAUACUAUAACCUGACCAUCGGCGUUUUGAGAGACCCAGCCGAGCCCACUCUCUUCGAUGGCGAGGUGAGCAUAACUCUGCGGGUGGUCGGCCCACUGGAGGUGCCACAAAUCAUUCUACACGCCGACACGCUCGAUAUAUCUGAAUGCUGGCUGCUCGAUGCGGCGGGGGCCCAGGUGGAGGCCAUCGAUAUCAGUCGGCUGAUUUAUGAGGCCGCCACCCAGCAGGUGAAAGUUCCGCUGACGCAGCCUGUGCAGCCAGGCCAGAAUUACACGCUCGGGUUCAAGUACACCGGACACAUACGGACGGACAUGGCAGGGCUCUUCUCCGCCAGCUAUGUGGAGGAGGUCACCAAUGUGACCAGGUGGCUGGCCGUCACCCAGAUGCAGCGCAUCAACGCCCGCUUGGUCCUGCCCUGCUUCGAUGAGCCCGCCUUGAAGGCCAAGUUCCAGCUGCAGAUUGUCCGUCCCAGCGGGUAUCAGUCAAUUGGCAACACCAAGCUCAGGGAAACCACAGCGGCAAGCCGGGAUCGUUUUGUUGAUCAUUUCGAGGAGACCCCCGUCAUGUCCACAUAUCUGCUGGCUUUCAUGGUGGCCAGUUAUUCUGCCCGUGGAAAUGUGAGUGAUUUCGCUGUGCUGACUCGCCCGGAGUUCUACAACCACACGGAGUUCAGCCACCAAGUGGGUCAGAGGGUCAUUCCAGCCUACGGGGAUUUGUUCCGGAUUCCAUAUGCAGAGCUGGGAAACGAGGUGCUUCAAUAUGCCAGUUCUCCCAGGUUUCCACACAACGGCAUGGAGAACUGGGGUCUUAUCAUCUACAGCGAUGAGGUCCUCAUUCAGGAAGCUGGUUACUCAGACGAUUGGUCGGACAAGGAGUUCGCCAUUCGUAUCAUUGCCCACGAGACGUCGCACAUGUGGUUCGGGGACAGCGUGACCUUCUCGUGGUGGAGCUACUUCUGGCUAAAUGAGGCAUUUGCCCGCUACUACGAGUACUUUAUGGCACACCAGCUAUAUCCCGAGUAUCACCUGGACGAGCAGUUUGUGGUGCGGCAAAUGCACCUGAUCUUUGCCACAGAUGCCCGAAACAGCACUCAGCCCCUGACGAGUCUGGAAUCGGAUAUCCAAACGCCCUCCGAGAUUGCAUACAAAUUCAGUGGGAUCGCCUACGCCAAAGGAGCCUGCAUCCUGAGAAUGUGGCGAAAUAUCAUGGGGGAGCAGAACUUCGAUAGGGCCAUCCAGAAUUACCUAAAGCAAUACCACUUGGGCAACACUAUACCCAAUAACUUAUUAUACCACCUUUCCGAGAACUGGCCAGCGAAUCAGGAAGUGGAUGUGGAACAAUUUUUUUACGAUUACACGGAACAGGAGGGCUUUCCCAUGUUAAUAGUGAGGUUAUCGCCUGGGCACUUGUUCCCACUCGUCACCGUGCAACAGGAUCGAUUCCUUCUGGAUUACACAGAUGGCAGUAGAGGUGGACUGAAGUACACUGUGCCCUUAACUUAUACCACCAAUCUGGCACCCAAUUUCUAUAACCUGACGCCAUCUAAGUACAUUCACAAGAACGAAAGCUUCCAGUUCAUUCAUUUUGAUGAACCUAUUGAGUGGUUCUUGCUUAACUUGAGGCAGUCGAACUACCAACGGGUGUUCUAUGAUUAUACCUUGAGAGAAGGUCUUCGGUUGGCCUUAUCCGCAUCAAAUCACAGUGGCAUUCCCGUUGAGAACCGGGCU